AUGGCUGUUCCAGCGGACAUCAAUUACAGUCUGCAAGAUCGAGGGGAGUACGGCAGCUUGUCCACACUUUUGAAACACAGUCUGCAGUCUGUGGCAGGCGCAGCGCAGCCCGUUGAAACACGAAAGCAUCGCGGAUUCAGAAUCACUGGUGAAGAUGGCUGUGAUAUCGGCCACUGGCAUUUUGGAACGGUCCCAAAAGCCCACAAAACUGAUUUUCGAUGCUAG